AUGUCUACUCCUGGUGCAGGUAACGCUACUGCUGGUGCUAAGCUUUUCAAGACUCGUUGUGCUCAAUGUCACACCGUUGAAGAGGGUGGACCCCACAAGGUUGGUCCUAACCUUCACGGUUUGUUCGGUCGUAAGUCUGGUCAAGCUGCUGGUUACUCUUAUACCGCUGCUAACCAAGAGAAGGGUGUCGUUUGGGAUGAUCAAACCCUCUUCGAUUACCUCGAGAACCCCAAGAAGUACAUUCCCGGUACCAAGAUGGCCUUUGCUGGUUUCAAGAAGCCCAAGGAUCGUGCUGAUGUUGUCGCCUACUUGAAGGAUUCUUGUUAA